AGGGAGGGCACGAGAGAGAGUGAAAGACUGAGAGUGAAAGAGAGACAAGAGUGGAGAAGGCACAAGGAGCACAACAUUUGUGGGAACAUAAAAUUCAAGAGAUGGAGGGUACUUUAUCUUUCUCCUGAAGAGGUAAGUAAUGAGACCUACCUGGGGGGAGAGACAGUAGGAGAGAGCGAGAGAAAGAAAUAGUGAGAGAACAAAAGAGAACAUGAGAACAGAUUGGGUCUUUGGGCCUGGGUGAUGAAUGGACAGGUGAAUGGAUGGAAUUGAGGGAAGAGUGGAUGGAUAGAUGUUUGCCGUUGCAGUGGAGGAGUGUGUAAGGACAAACUGUAAAUACAGCCGCUUCCCUCGUGUGGAGACCUUAAUAGCCAUCAGAGUCAUGCAUUAGUAGGAAAUGAUAAUGAUGAUUAUGAUUAUUAAGGUUGUACAAAUUCAGCCUGCAAUAUAUCAACCACCUCUCUAUCUCCUCCUCCCUUCCUACUCUCCCCCUUCGCCCUUAUUUGUCUUUCUCUGCACUCCUCUCCCCCUUAAUCCCAGUGCCCCAAUGCAACCUGUUUGUGUAUUCUUCCCCUCUUCCCCCUCUCCCUCCCCUGUCCCAGCUGCCUGCUAUCAUCCACCUUUACAUUGUUAUUGUGGCAUUAGGCUUGGCCUCGUUUAUCUUCUUUAUAUUUGUAAUAAUAUGAAUUUGAUAUAAUUGAGUUGCCUCCUGACAUUAGAACGGUAAUACACAAAUCCAUUAUUUACAAAUGAUAGAUUAGAUAAUAGCAACAUGUGGGUUUAGCGUUACAGCCAGCUAUGUCGAAGACUCACAUACCGGAUUUAAACUACAGUAGCCUACUUGUCCCAAGUUCACUGUAAUCUACCUUUCGGUCGAGACCACAAUCGGAAUUACGCACAGCCCAGACAGUUAAUUUGUGUGCGUAAAAACGGACUUCCGCGAGCUUCGUAUGGCUGUCAAUCAAAUUAUAUAUGGUAUUUCGUCAUUGGUUGAACAUAUCGACCUUCUGAACUAUGUAAGGGAGCUUUUGAGCUUUGCGUGCUGGUGUAGCUGUCCCCGCGCGCCCUGUCUACACAAAGGCACGCACGAACAGAAUCGAUGCGUGAAUCACGGCUAAAGCAAACACCUGGUCCGCUGGACGCCCUCUACGAAAUGGAUUAAAAAUAAAGACACAUUCGCGGUACAAAUCGAUGCGGUGGAGACAUAGGUUAGUUGGUAUAGACGCCAACUGUUAGUCUACAUUGAGGUACGCGUACAAUGCCCGUUUUCCCACCCAGCUCGCAUGGACUGACAAUCCAUUUAACUUACGCUCAAAAGCAAGUUCACGGGGGCUGUGAGGCAGUUUAACAUCACUGACACGGCCUCGGAGACACAGCGACGUAGGGAGCGAUAGGAAAAACGGACCACGGCGUUUUAUUUUAACAGGUUAGUGACUCGGUCUUUCACACGCGCACAGAGACAUACGCACAAACGCACGCUCAUCUACAGGGAGGUAGAUUUAGCCUAUUCGGAACUACACUCCCGCGGAGGUUUUCAGCGAUAGGGCAUUUGGAGGCUUUUAUCCUCUGAAUAAAUGAAGAUGGUAAUCUGAAGCGGAUCGUCUAGUGAGGCUUGCCGGGCAGCUGCUAUCAAACUAGAGCCAGAACACAGACAAUUAAGGGGGUUGCUGUUUCCAACCAGCCAGGCUUCAGACUUACUAAGUACCAGUGAAGAAAACGACGCGCCGGCCAUUGGCAAGCCAAAGAACUAAGACACAGGGUGAUCUGCGUGCUAUCAAACUUGGGACUGCACACUGAGCCCCACAAAAGCUCAGCCCGAACCCAGCCUAACAUCCAGCCCCUGUUAGGGACCCAGGCCCAUAUCUGGUCCAGACCCCCGAUCUGGCCCCUGCUGACAGGCUCCAGACCAGACAGAUGGUGCUGAUGAGGGGAAGGCCUUAGGAGGGGGAGUCAUGCUGGCCCAUGAGUCGUCUGGCCCCUGGAGACUAAGCUCUCAACACCACCAUCAUCAUCACCAUCAUCAUCUCCGUCUUCUGAGCUCAACAAUGCUGCGGGAAAUACGCUGGUCCAGAGGGAGACGCCUGAACUUCUAAACUACACAAGUGAACUGGAACUACCAGUGCUCAAAUACAGCCUUCCACAAACACACACUUACACAGCGUUGUAAACUAACGGAAUAAACUAAUCGAAGAGGAAGACGUGAAGAGAGAGACGAUUUACUGAGCGGAAACAUGGCGGCCGAGAGUCUCGCCGAGCUCCGUGAUUGGCUCUUCCUGCUCCUCCUGUGCCUCACACUGGUGGCCGAGAUGCUAGAGCUGGCUGCGGCCGCCGCCGUGGCCAUGGAAGGCGGGGAGGAGGAGCUCCCCUGCCCGUCCGUGUGCCGCUGCGACGAGGGAUACAUCUACUGCAACGACCGCGGCCUCAGCGCCAUCCCGCCUCUCCCUCUGACGGCCACCAUCCUCUACCUGCAGAGCAACCGUCUGACCAACGGCGGCCUCCCUCCGUCCCUGGAACGCAGCUCUAGCAUGCGGGUGGUUUAUCUCUACGCCAACCAAUUAGACGAGUUUCCGAUCCACCUGCCGCCCUCGCUACGCGAGCUGCACCUGCAGGACAACAACAUACGAACGUUGCCGCGGGCGACGCUGGCACGGUACCCGUUGCUGGAGCGUCUGCACCUGGACGACAACUCCAUCUCCACGGUGAGUAUCCAGGAGAGGGCGUUCUCAGGCACGCCCAGGCUCCGCCUCCUCUUCCUGUCCCGUAACCACCUGUCCAGCAUCCCCGCCGGCCUCCCGGCCUCGCUGGAGGAGCUAAGGCUGGACGACAACAGGAUCACGACCAUCCCCACGCACGCCUUCCGCGGCCUGGCCUCCCUGCGCCGCCUGGUCCUGGACGGCAACCUGCUGGCCAACACGCGCAUCGCCGACGACACCUUUUCCCGCCUCUCCAACCUCUCGGAGCUCUCGCUGGUGCGCAACGCCCUGCAGGCCCCGCCUCUCAACCUGCCUGCCGCCCACCUGCUGCGCCUGCAGCUGCAGGACAACGGGAUGACCCACGUCCCCCGGGGCUCGCUGGACGGCAUGCGGCGCCUGCAGAGGCUGGACCUGUCGGGGAACAACCUGACGUCUCUGCCCCGCGGCCUGCUGAAGGACGCCGAGGGCCUGGAGCUGCUGCUGGUGCGGGGGAACCCCUGGUACUGCGGCUGCAACCUGCGCUGGCUCCACGCCUGGCUGCACGCCCGCGGGGCCGCAGUCACCGUGCGUGGGCUGGUGUGCCACGGGCCCGAGGCGGUGCGGGGCCAGGCGCUCCGGGACCUGUCGGGGCUGAUGGAACAGUGCGAGGGGGGGCCGUCGGGGGGAGGGGUGAACGUAGCAUCUGCGGCAGGGGGGCGUAGUAGGGCUGACGGGGCCGACGUUCCAGCGGGGAAUCCUUUCCCCAGUGGCACCACCCCCCCCCAGACCCCCCUGGGCCCCACCCAGGGCUCCCUCUACACCCUCCGUGCCAAGUGGCCCGGCCUGGUGAUGCCUCUGCCUCCAGCAGAGGGGGGCCAGACAGCCGCCCAUGCCCUGGAACUAGUGGUCAAGUCCAUUUCGGGUGACAGCGUGCUGGUGACCUGGCUGUGCCCGCGCCCGCCCCCCUCCUUCCGCCUCUCCUGGCUGCGUCUGGGCAACACGGCGGCGCUGGGCUCCAUCACAGAGACCCUGGUGCCCGGGGAGAGGCAGCAGUACCUCCUCACCCAACUGACCCCUCGCUCACACUACCUCAUAUGCCUGCUGCCCCUCCACACGGCCGGCCCUGCCGGCACACAGCGAGGACUCUCAGAUGUGGACAUGCCCCCCUCCUGCGCUCAGAUAGAGACAGGCGAUGCUCCGCCUUCCGCCGAAGGGGAAGGCCGGGACCCUGAGAUGACAGCCCUCCCAUUGGCCGGCAUCAUCGGCGGUGCCACGGCAUUGGUCUCCUUGCUGCUCAUCUUUGGGAUCUUCUGCUGGUACAGCCAGCGGGUCGCGUACGCCUCGGAGGACUCCGCCCCUUAUGGGCGGGCCCAGCGCGGGGUGGGGAAGCACUACGACGACUACGUGGAGUCCGGCACUAAGAAGGACAACUCCAUCCUGGAGAUCAGGGCCCCGGGCUUCCAGAUGACACCGAUGGCAGCCCAUCAUCCCCUGCAGGCCAAGCUGGAGGACGUGACGUACGUCCACACCAUCUUUCCCUCGCACGUCAACGGGACCUUCCGCAGUAGCAGCGGCGGCGGAGGAGGAGGGCACGUUCCCGUCCUCAGCAGCCUCAACGGCACCCUGGUCUCCCAGUCGGGUCACAAUCCUGGUUACGGCACCAACCGGGGCUACCGGGAGGGCGGGAUCCCCGACAUAGACUACGCCUACACGUGAUGCCGCCGCCGCCGGCUCCCCCCCGGGGCCGCCUUCCACAUCAGCUGUCCGCCAUUUGAAGAGGAUGUCUGGCAGCGUGGAGGUGGCGUUUCCUGCCCUCGGUUUCCAAAGUGUGCCUCUGUGCCUCUGCUGUUUGCGUUGGGAAAGACCCCGUAUAUGUGUGUACCUUAGCUUGCAAACUGACGCUAGGCUGUGCAACAUGCCCUAUAGGUCACAUGUAACAUACGACACGUGUAGUCAAGACGAGAGACGGGAAGUUAUGGGUCUCCCGUGGCGACGUCUCAAAAGCUACUCUGUUAUACUGUAUGUUCUUAUUUCCAGCUGUUAUCUUCUCUUAUAUCUGCAUCUUUCAGACAUGCUGUUCUGUGCUUGUGAUAAUGCCAUGUACGGUGACUUGGUUUGCGGUGAGUUCUAGGCUUAGAGAGGUGAUUUAGGGACAGCAUAUAGACUAAGCAAGGAGGGGCCACUUGUGUAUAGAGAUAGCCUAGCUACAGCACUACCUACUGUAGGGGGCUGCAUAUAGUGUAGACACAGGUGGUGGGGGGAGGGGGGGGUUGACGGUAGACAUUCACCCAGGGAUGAAGACACAUCAUGACUGACAAAUAAAAUAGAUGAUGUGUUCUCAGACUCCCUACUUUUCUUUCCCCCCACCCCCCGUUUCUUUCCCUUCUUUAUUUUCUCCUCUCAAUGUCUUUUGUGCCGCGGAGAAGACUUUGUUCUUGCCAGGGGAGCUGACAGCCCUGAUAAGCGCUCUGACAGAGACAGGAGGCCCUUACUGCAGCAAGGGCCUGGCCCUAAUGAGAAAAGAGAGGGAGGGAGGGAGACAGAGGGGAAGGAAACAGGGACUAGGGACGGGAGAGGAAAAGAGAGAGAGGGAGACGGGGCAGAGGAUCGAAAGGGUUUGAAGGAAGGAGGGGGGGGGGAAUUGGUGAGAGGUGGAUAGCAAAUGAAGACUGGGGGAGGGGGCAUGUGGUUGAGAAGUCAGAGACUGAGGUAGGUGGGGGAUGGAGGGAGUGAGAAGGUAGAGAUAUGGAAAGCAUAGUCAACACCCUUUCACAUCCUUAUUAACAUUAAUAGUGUUUUGUUUGGAAUAUAUGAUGUUUCUCUGAUUCACACAGUAAGGUUUAGAGUGUAGAACAAGGGUGUUUUUAUUUGAUAAGAGUCAAAGUGUAUCUGUGAAGGUUGAUUUAAGGUUACGGAACACAAAAAAAAAAGUUUUUGUUCCAUUUUGCCUCACAUUCAACCUCAUUAUCAGGCAAUGACAAGCAUGUCAAGACAAUCAACGACAAAUCAGUUAUCCAAUCAAAAGGAAACAACCCAAAGUAACCAAAAAAGGCAGAAUCUAGGCACAUUCGUGUGGUUAGACCCAGUGUGCCAGGCUGGGGUAUCAGCAUGUAUCUAGCUCUCUAUCCCUCUGUCAGGGGCUCCUGUGUGGUGGUCAGGUCUGGUUAUUGUGGAAGCAGACUCAGGUCCUGCAGUGCAGGCCAGGCAGGGACGGAGCACGGCGUGCCCUUCAGACAUGAACCCACCCACAGCACUGUGCAACACACACUUACACAUGCAUAUUUACCACAAACAACCCAGAACAAGGCAGUGACUACAUACUAACACACACAGUUUUGGCCAAGCUGAACAAUAAAGAAAUGGCAAAAAAACGACAGGAGAGAGAGAGGUAAUGAAAAAUAAGAGGUUUUGGGAGGGUUUAGAAACACAGGCAGACUGUAGGUUUGCAGUCUUAUUAUCCUUCACUGGUUUAAUUUCUAAUUUCCAAUUUGUUGACCAGCGGGGGAGCAAUGGGGAGUCUUUAAUCUUUAGAGCCUUCUUUUCUAAGAAUCUUCCUUCACAUAGCUCUCUCUAAAAUACACACUCUGUAUAAAACUGAAAUGGUGUGAAUUCUAUUUGUUUUUUUCUACACGAAAUAAAGAGGUCUUGUCAAAAGUAAAACGCUUUUAUGUGUGUUUCUGAGGACCGUGUACAAACUGAGAAUGAAAACUUGAAACAGCACAAGGUUCUCAUCUGUUCUCAACUUCUGCUGAUCAAAAAGAUCUUGAAUGAAUGAUUCAUCAUUAGAUUUGACUGGUGAUGUUCCUAAUCCUGUAUUUAUAGGCUUAGCCAUACAGUAUGUAGUGUGUUAAUGUGUGCGUGUGUGCACAGUAUAGUGUGCUUUAAUGUGUGUGUGUGUGUGUGUGUGUGCACAGUAUGGUGUGUGUUAAUGUGUGUGUGUGCACAGUCUGUACUUCUGUGUCUGAGUGUGGACAUGCCUUCCAUUCUAAGUGAGUGCUAAUGCUUGUGUAAGCACAGAUCAAUAUAACGAACAGGGGGAGUGUAUAAGUGUCCAUCUUAAACAAACUGUUUGAGAAUGUGUGUGUGUGUUCCUCCUGUGUGUCAGGCGUUGGCCUUACACUUUGAAAGCUUCUGUUAUUCAUCCCAUGCUGAAAGUGCACUUGUUAAUGAUCCAUACAGAGGAAACAGUCUACAAAGCGCUACAACAAGACACAAUCUGAGUUAGAACUAGACUUCCCAUAAGAUACUGCCUUAGUACCAACACAAGCAUCAUCUCUCACUGUCUGCGCGUGCACAGACAUGCACACACACGCACACACCUGUCUUCCACCUCCAGGGUAACAGACAAUCACACAUCAUCAGGCACAGAUGCCAUAACAACACCCUACACACAGCAACAGCAGGGAGUCACCAGAGGAGUUGUUCACACGAGUCUACUACGAGUCUACCCACGAGGGCGGCAGCUGUCCUGUUGAAUGUUGUCUCCCUUUGAAUUGAUUAGAAACUGCAAGUGGCAGCUCGGAUCUAAGACGGAUUCGAGAGACCGCAGAUAGAGUGCGGCUAGUUCAUA